AAAUGUUUAUGGAAUUCAUUGCAUCACAAAACCUACACGUGUUUAGUGCUGGUUGCGAGCUUGGUACUAUGUAUAUGUGUUUUAACGUGUCUGCUGUGUGUACAGUAUAAAGUUUCUACUUCAUGUGUCCAGCUGUCACUACCACCCCUCCUCCUCCUGUGUCAAGCUCAAAGUCCUUGGGACUAUUUAUAAUUUGGGACACACCUCCUGUCUUACAACAAGCCAAGAAAAGUCUGUAUAUACUUAGUCCUGGUAUAUACACACAGUUUGGGCAUUUAUCUCAUUAAUGUAUAAACACAGCACUGUAUACACAAAAGCAUACAGGUACUGAAGCACACAGACAAAGUUUAUAUAAAAAAAACACACACACACCGCAUUUAGUAGGCACUCAGCCACACCCACUCCACCCACAGUCAACAAACAAAAACAAAUCACAUAUAUACAUUUACAUAUUUCUCUACUCCUCAUGAGGAAAUGGGUUUGGAAGAGGAGCUUCUGAAGAUUGGAAGAAGGCUGGAAAGGAGAUUCAGCGAGGGAAACACAGACCGUAUUCUGGAAUUGCUAAAGGAGCUGCAGGCAAUUGAAGUCAAUGUUACUCUCUUGAGGAGCACAAGAGUUGGUGUGACUGUAAAUAAAAUUAAGAAGAAGAGUGAUGAGCGAAAGGUCAUAGAGCUUGCCACAGCCAUCAUCAAGGACUGGAAGAAAAUAUUUGAAUCUUCUUACAAAGACAAAGGCACCAAAGCAACUUCAGAUGUGGUUAAACCAACCCAGUCAGGUCCUGCCAGGAUUUCGUCUCCUACAUCCAAAAAUCUACAUGUAGAAAGACCCAGUCAGUGCCCUGCAAGUUAUAAACCAUCACACACUCAGCAAGAUAUCCCGAAGGAGCCCAAAUUAAAAAGGAGUUACUCUGAAGAUGUUCAGCCUUCCAUCCAGACUGAGAAGAAAAAGGAGAGGAGUCACUCUCCCACCAUCCAGCCCUCUUUGCAGGUUGUAAAGAAGCCAGAAAGAAGGCACUCUACCAAUGAUAAAUCAUUCUUACAUGCCACAAAGAAACCAGAAAGAGUUCACUCUACUGAUGUCCAGUCCUCCGAUCAUACUACAAAGAAACCAGAAAGGAGUCACUCUACUGAUGUUCAGUCCUCUUUACACACUGCAAAAAAAACAGAAAGGGGUCACUCUACUGAUGUUCAGUCCUCUUUACACACUGCAAAGAAACCAGAAAGGAGUCACUCUACUGAUGUUCAGUCCUCUUUACUCACUGCAAAGAAACCAGAAAGGAGUCACUCUACUGAUGGUCAGUCCACUUUACAUACUGCAAAGAAACCAGAAAGAAAUCACCCUACCAAUGCCCAAACCACUGUUGAGAUUCCAAAGAAGCCAGAGAGGAGACACUCUCUCAGCUCCCCACUCCAAUCUUCUGCAUCUUGUAAAAGUCCCACUAACACCAAAGAGGAGAGAAAAUUCUCUGCUGGCUCCCCAGUUCAACCUACUCGGAAUGGAUCCACAAAACUAUUUAGUGAUGCUGAAAAACAAGGACAAACUGCAAAGGUCUCAACGCAAUAUCAACACAUUGAAUUUUCCCUCUGUCCUAGGAGACACUCUCUCAGCUCCCCACUCCAAUCUUCUGCAUCUUGUAAGAGUCCCACUAACACCAAAGAGGAGAGAAAAUUCUCUGUUGGCUCCCCAGUUCAACCUACUCGGAAUGGAUCCACAAAACCAUUUAGUGAUGCUGAAAAACAAAGGAGACACUCUCUCAGCUCCCCUCUCCAAUCUUCUGCAUCUUGUAAGAGUCCCACUAACACCAAAGAGGAGAGAAAAUUCUCUGCUGGCUCCCCACUUCAACCUACUCGGAAUGGAUCCACAAAACCAUUUAGUGAUGCUGAAAAACAAGGAGCUAGUGGGGGGCAGAUGGGAUCACCUGUAGACAUCCAUUCCCCAUCAUCCUGUUUGUUAGGGCCUUGCUACUUGACUGGUGAUUCAGUAAGGGACAAAUGCGUGGAAAUGGUGGCCUCAGCUCUGAAGACCGAUGAUGAUUAUAAACAGUUUGGAACAAAUUGUGAAAGACUUGCAUGGGAAAUCGAGGAAUGUAUAUACAGCGAAGUGAAAGUCACCGAUAUGAAGUACAGAAAUAGGAUCAGAAGUCGAAUAAGCAAUCUCAAGGAUCCGAAGAAUCCCAAUCUGAGAAAGAACGUUCUUUGUGGAGUGGUGACACCACAGAGCAUUGCUACAAUGACAGCAGAGGAGAUGGCAAGUGAUGAGCUGCGGGAGCUUAGGAACACUAUGACACAAGAAGCCAUCAGAGAGCACCAGAUGGCGAAAACUGGAGGUACUCAGACAGAUCUACUACAGUGCGAAAAGUGCAAAAAGAAGAAUUGCUCCUACAACCAGGUGCAGACCAGAAGUGCUGAUGAGCCCAUGACAACAUUUGUAUUGUGUAAUGAGUGUGGAAAUCGCUGGAAGUUUUGCUGAUGAAUUUCCAGCUUCAGUACUACAUGCAAUGCUGUGUUGGACUGCCCUCCAAAGAGCAGCGUUAUUCUGACUCCUAUGUUUCAUGUCCCUGUCUUCAUUUUUUUUUUCUCUGUCUGUAAAUUACAUCUUUCUCAAGCUUUCUCCUCUCUUUCUUUCUCUUACUCCUUUUAAAGAAGUAUUCUCAUAAAACCAUUAUCAGAGUGCCAAUGGUUCCAGCUCUGUCUAAGAUUAAACAUUUUAAAUGGAAA